CUUUUUUAAAGUUGUGCACAAAAAACUGUCAACAUUAGUUCUAGGCAUAAUAAUACACAUUCCUUUACCGGAAGACUCACUGGACUCGUUCUUCUAGCCUGCACGGCUUAUUGUGCACAAAAUCAAAAGAAUCUCAUGGAGUGGAGAAAAAAAGAUAAGAACUUUAUGAAUAUUGUUCAGACCGCCAGUACUCCGGAUAUUUUCGGGGAUGAAUACCAGGAUUCUAAUUUUGAGUGGUCGUUUGUGGAGCUCAGUGACCGAAUGAAGCAGUAUUUGCAUGAUGACAUGGCUCAUUCAAAACCAAGGAAAAAUCUAGACAGGCCGAUAUUUUACCAUACCCUGGACGAACCUGACGACACUCGGGACAUCCCAGCCGACAUGGAGUCCGGUCACCGCGACAGCAUAGCGCCUAGUGACAUGUAUCGACAUGACGAUGCAGGUGGCUCAGGCAGUUUUCCAAAGACGUCCAUUUCUCUGAACGUGACAGGAGCAACUAGAAAAACAUUGCAACAGAGUAUAAACGGCUGGGAGUUUGAUUUAUUUGCCUUGAAUGGGCUGACUAGUGGCCAUGCUCUGCAAGCCGUAGCAUAUGAAAUCUUCAAUCAGUAUGGACUACUGCAGAAGUUUCGGCUGACAGAAAACCAUUUCAUGCGGUUUAUUGUCCAGGUUGAGAAACAUUACCGACAUAACCCGUACCACAACUCGUCUCAUGCUGCCGAUGUGCUUCAGACUGUCAAUUGUAUCAUCAACAGAAGUGGAUUUAUUAGUCUGCUCACUGACCUUGAGAUCUUCUGCACUCUGAUCACGGCGAUUGUUCACGACAUCGAGCACACGGGAACCAACAACAAUUUCCACAAAAACUCUGGGUCUGAGAUGGCAAAUAUGUAUGUGGUGUCCGUGUUGGAAAACCAUCACCUCCGCGUGGGGCUAAGGAUGCUGAGAGACUACGAGAUCCUCCGCACACUCAGCAAUGAGCAGUACGAGGACUUCAAGUUCAUGCUGACCUCUAUGAUCCUGGCCACGGACAUGUCUAACCACUUCCUGCUCCUCACAAACAUGAAACUCAUGAUGUUUGCCCCCAUCAAAGGUACGUCCCGGAUUCGGAUAAAACGCCUCCUUAUGCUACUCCUGCAUGCGGCAGACAUCAGCAACCCAGCAAAGCCCUGGGAUGUACACAAGGUCUGGGUGUCCCUGCUUUGCGAUGAGUUCUUCCGACAGGGUGACAAGGAGAAAGAGCUGAAGUUACCUGUAUCUCCCAGCUGCGACAGAAACUCGGCUAACAUAGCCACCCUGCAAAUAGGCUUCAUGCAGACUUUCACUCAAGACACCUUUGAUGUUGUUGACAAGAUGUUGGAGAAAGAGAUCAAAUACGCGGGCAGGAUUUACUACCCGUUCACACCCUGGCAAGAAUGCAUGAUAGACAACACUAUCAAGUGGAGUGGAAGAUGGAAAGAUCUGAAAUUUGAACAAAUCAAUGACCUUCUGAUGGAGACUGCUAGGUCUCGAAAAAGUAUUCAGCCAUCUUUCACAAAGGCUCCCAGCGGCUUGCGGUCGGAACCGCUGUGUUGCUGGCCGUUCAGGAAACCGGCGAAAGACGUUGAUGUCCAAGCUGUGUUGCUGUCUGUCCUGCGUCCGGAGGAGAAAGAAUCAACUGUCGGAGAGUUCGAUUGA